AUGGCCGCUCGACAGGUCUUCGCCCAUUACAUGGUCGGCCUCACAGACGGCCAGUCCCAAGACCAGUGGUCGACCGACAUCUCCGCCGCGAAGAACCUGGGCAUCGAUGGCUUUGCCCUCAACAUGGGCCCCACGGACCCCUGGACACUCCCCCAGCUGCGCAACGCCUACAGGGCCGCCGAGGCCAUUGGCGGGUUCACGCUUUUCCCGUCCUUUGACAUGGCCUGCUGCGGUGACUGGGGCGUUCAGGCGGUGAUCGACAUCAUCAACGAGUUCAAGGUCUCCAGUGCCCAUACCGUGGCCGGCGACAAGCCCAUGGUGAGCACAUUUGAGGGACCCGCGUGGGCUAGCAACUGGCAGGCUGUCAGAGACGCUACGGGGGGUAUCUACUUUGUGCCUGACUGGAGCUCCCUCGGGCCAGACGGCGUGUCGCAGCAUCUGAACACGAUCGACGGCCACUUCAGCUGGAAUGCUUGGCCCAAGCCUGGGGAGAAGGCCAUGUCCUCCAUCGAAGACGAAGCAUACCAGGCCACCCUCGGCGCCAAAUCCUACAUGAUGGGCGUAUCGCCCUGGUUCUACACCAACCUUCCCCAGUGGAGCAAGAACUGGUUCAUGACGGGCGACUCGCUCUGGUACGAUCGCUGGCAGCAGGCCAUUGACCUUUUGCCAGACUAUGUCCAGAUCAUCACGUGGAACGACUUUGGCGAGAGCCAUUACAUCGCCCCUGUUGUGUCGCAGCAGGUUGUCGAGGGCGCGGACAAGUACGUCAAUGGCUUCGACCACUCCGCCUGGCAAAAGGUCCUGCCGUACUUCAUCAAGGCGUACAAGGAGGGCUCGAGGGCGGUCGCACCCCCGAGCGACGAGGCGAUCGCCUGGUACCGCGAGUCCCCGGCCAAGGCUGGUUCGGACGGCGGCACCAUCUGGGGACAGUCAGGGUCCCUGUCGGCCAGCGACGCCACGGACGACGUUGUCAACGUUCUGACUGUCACCAUCGACGAGACCGAUAUCGAGGUCAUCAUUGGCGGGCAGGGACAGACAUUCCGGACAGGAGGAGGCAACGAGCCCGCCAAGCUCUGGCAGGUGCCGUGGGAUGGUCUGACCGGUAGCGUUGGGCUGAAGAUGAAUGGUCGUGAGGUUGUUGGUCCUGAGAUCUUGGCUGGAGUGGGUAGCCUGGGUUAUACCAACUUCAACGCACAUGUCAUCGGCCUGGGGGAUUAG